AUGUUCUCUGAUAGAAGGAAAUCGCACUAUGAUUUCUGCUUUUCCGAUUUCUUGGCGGAGAGGACGACGCCGGAAGUCCUUUCCAGAAGAACGCACUUCUUUUGGAUUCUCUCCUUCUUAGCCUUUUUUCCUGUCGCUUUCGCUGAUCAUUCGGAUACACUUGUGGUUCUUGAUCAGAAAGAUAGUGCGGUUCCAGAUUAUCGAGUCAAGAAGGUUGGACUUUUUUUUUUAGAAAAUUCAUAAAAUUAGAAAAAUUGAAUGAUGAGAAUCAAAUCGGUCAAAAUAAAAACGGUAUGCACAGAAUCAUCUAUGAUCAAUUUUCGAACGUUCUGCUGAAAAUGUUUAACUUAUAAUGUUUUUUUUUCAACUUUUUAUCACUUGAGUAAUUUUGCAACGAAUCAUUGUAUCUUGCAAAAUUAGGGAAUGGCGAAUUAGUUCUGCAAAUAAAUUGCUCAAAAAAAAACUUCUGGAAAGAAGGGCACAAGUCCAAUAAAAGUUUGUAACUUAUUCCGUUCGAUCUUCAUUAUUGUUUUUCAGUUGCCCGAAGAGAGUAAAGUGAACGACUCGAAUGAAAUUCUUAUCAGCUACACUUCUGCUGUUUCGACCAUUGAUGGGAACAUCGAUGAUAUUUUGAGCAGCAUCUCUGUGAGUAGUUGGGAAAUCAAGUUUUAUGCAGAAAACUGUGUACUCGAAUUUAGCAACCAAAGAAAAGCAGUACAUCGGAUGAUCGGGAGACGUUUUCAAGAAAGAUGAACGAUUUUGCGAGUUGCCUCAGCACCGACUUUUAUGGUAUUCCGGUCAUGACUUUAAAAAUUUUUUUCCGAAGUUUGAAAAAAAGAUAUCAAAAAAAGACUUAUAGAGAUAAAUUGGAAUAUUUAAUAUAAAAAUCGUUCAAUUUAGUGGGGUAGCUUUAAGCCAGUCGCUGUAUUUUGUGUAUUUCAUUCCAAAUUUUGGUAGAAAUCAAAAUCUAUGGUUUUCUGUUUUUUCUGUUCAUCCAUUUUAUCAAGGAUCAAUCAUAUCCGGAGCGUUGGUUGUGGCGGUGGAAGAAAUUAACAACGACACGACUUUACUACCGAACCAUACACUCAAGUAUAUCUUUGGGAACACAUGUGGAAACGAUACCAAAAGUUUGUCCGCAUUUUUCUUUCUUUUUGCAACGAAUUGACGAAUUCAAUUGCUGCAACUACGGAAUCAUUUACAUUCUCAGAUUUUUUUGACGAAUAGGGAAUUUUCGAGAAAAUUUGUUGAAUUUUGAAAAUCUAGAAAUUCGUUGCCCGUGGCGGAAAAUAAAACGUUUGAGUGGCAACAACAUGGCCUUAAUCAAUUUUCUUUCUAGUUUUCCAAGUCUCUUUUGUUCUUUGGCCAUUUUUCUUCUUUCUUGAUGGAAAAAAAAAUAGGAAUUUAACAAUGAAGUUCGGAAACGUAUCGCCUAGGCAAUUGCUUAAAGACGAUUUUCAGGUACGAAGCUGUUCAUGAACCACUGGCAAGCUGGUGCGCGGGUCUUCAUUGGCCCAGAAAAGAACUGCAAAACGGAGGCGGCUAUGGCUUCAGCCCAGAAUCUUCCCAUAAUCAGUUACCGCUGCAACGACCAGGAGGUCUCUCGCGAGGAGUCAGUUUCUUUCCCCUGUCAACUCUUCCACUCGCCUCAGUCUUCUAGUCUAUUCUCAUUCUUUGCAGCUACCACUACAAGACGUUCGCCCGAACCGUUCCGCCUUCUGGAGAAAUUUUCAAAGCUUUUCUCUCGCUGUGCUAUAAAUACAACUGGCGCAAGUUCUCGGUGGUCUAUGAGAUCAAAAAAGGCCACAACGAAAUGUUUGAAACCCUCAAGGUGCCUUUUCUCGGCUUUUCCUUAUAUUUACGGGGCUUGCUUCAGCGCGUCAUCGAGCGGGAGAAUCUUUAUCUGAACGACGAAACAAAGUUUGAGAUUAUGAACGCUUCUCUGGUCGAGUUUAGCGAGGUCAAAGGCGCCGGAAGCAUCCAGGAGGCCAUCCGAACCACCAAGGAGACGACACGAAGUCUGUUUUUGCUACUAUGUCACCUAGAAAGAAUUUUUACAAGGCUUAAAUUAAAUAGUUAGAUUCGAUUUUGCUAAAGAAUGUAUGUCUUUGCGAAACGGAGUACUUUGAAAAAUUUAAAACUCUUUUUCUGUUAAAUCUCAUGAACUUUUUUUCGGACAUUUUUUUGGAGCUUGUCUUUUUUUUGCUCUGAAACACUAUUGGAAAAACUCAAAUUUUAUAAAUUAGUAUUUUUUUUAGAAAUUUUCUUGUAUGAAAAAAAUAACGAAAUCCUCGUUUUUGGCUUCGAAAGAGUUUCAAAAUCAGAACAUUUAUUACAUCGGGAAAUAGUAUUGAAUGUGUCUCAAAAAGGUUAAUUUGUCAAAGAAUUAUGAUUUUUUUUUGUUGAAUCUCUGUUUUUGAAGCUAAAAUAUUCCAGUUUAACCCUCAGUUUUCGGUUAUUCUAACCACUCGUGAGAAAAAAAUGGUCUCUGUUUGAGUAUACCUUGCCUUCGACAACGUUCGGCUGUUCCGAAAGAUCUUGGCGACGAUGGGGGACAUGGGAUUGACCGAACUGGACUAUCUGCUCAUUUACCUCGACACCAGCUAUGAUUGGCUCGACGUCUACCACGCAAUGAACAACCAUUUCCUCCGCAGUUCGUUUAUUACUCUCACAGGUGUUUCGAGAUAGACUUAUUUUACUCAUUUGGUUCGGGUUAUAGAAGAAGGCGACAUAUAAUCAUAACAGAAGCAAGUUUUAUUUAUUCAAUUUCACUUCCAUAGUUCAAUUAGAAUUGAGCACGUGAAAGUGAUUCGUUGAGUAUUCCCUUGAGAGUGUUAAGAAUAAUUCAGGGAAUUUUCGACUUGAUAAUAUUUAGUCCUCCUGGGGUAUUUCUGAAUGAGAAAUUUGAACUCAUCUCGAGAAUUUUAGCCUGGAAGAGCCAGCUCAGAAUGAUAAAAAGUUUUAGUCCAUAAUUUUUCCGUUUCAAGAAUAAACAUGGGAAUAUUUGAAUUCGAAAAGUUUCAACACGAAAGUUUGAAUCCAACUUUGUGUGCUCUUCUAUUUGGUACUCAAGUUAAUUUUAUAUUUCUCGGCUUAUUAUGUUUCUGUAGUAGAGAAUGAAAUGGAAGAAAUUUUAUAUUGCUUUUUAUAAGACUUUCGUUUUUGAAAAGACUUUAAAUACGUGUUUAACUUGAAUUUCAGGCCAAAUUUGGCCGCUGUCUACGUUUAUUUUGAGCUUUCUGACAUGAUCCUCUCAUCUUUUCAGACACGAUGAAUAACCUACAACAGUCUUGGGACGCGACAAACUCUUCGGACAGGAAAAUGGUAGAUUAUGCGAGGUCGGCUUUGGCCAUCAUCCCGACUCCAGUCAAACUCACUUCUCAGAGGUCGGUUUCCUUGAGGACAGUGUUUGAAGGCUUCGAGUUGAGAUUCCACAAUUUCUGGAGCAAAGCCAAUGAACAUCUCCACUACUUCGGCGUCCAGAAAUCCGGUGUUCUCAAUGUCAGCAUAAAGGUGCCCGUUCUUUUCCAAGCUCAGACUUCCCUUUUUUUUUUUGAAUAAUCUAUCAUUUCUCAAAAACUUUGAAAUGUUCAGAAAGUCUGUCUUAGUGUGGAGCACAAUAGGUUUUUGUUUAAGGUUAGAUAUAUAAGUGUUCAUCAACUUUUCAAGCCAAGAGAGAAGAAAUAUCUUAUAUUUUUCUAGUUAACAAUGACGUUAAGGCGAAUCGUAUAGCUUGCUACUUGUAUGACGCCGUGUACCUUUACGCUCGAGCCGUGCACGAAUUGAUAGAAAUUAACUCGAAAGACGCCAUUAACGACGGAAAAUUGAUAAUUGAUCGGAUCGUCAACAGAAAGUAUCGAAGUGAGUUUAUGUACCUUUUCGAAUUGAGCGGAGGUUGAACUGAGUUCGUUAUUUUUUUUCUAACGAGGAAUGUCAACAGCUGAGGAGUAACUCUUGGAAUUGAGAGUUUUAUUUUUUAUUUUUAAUGAAAUUGAUUGUCUGCUGCACAUAUAAAACAACUUCCCAGGUUAACUCCGGUCUCGGAAUGCUUUGAAAACCCAAAUAACAGAGAAUUUAUUUUUAACAUGAAUGGGUUAGAAAAAUAGUAAGAGAAUGCAUUCGUCAAACUGCCGAAAAGCACAUAAAGAAAGAUUAUCUUUAAACUACAAGCAAAGAAAAUUUUAUUCUUGGCGAAGGACACUAUGUGGCUUUUUUUGUAGUAGAAACAGUCGACAUUUUUGCUACGGUGGAACUACCGACUGGAAACACUGUAGAACUGCCGGUUACGGUGGAUCGAUGAGCGUUUUUGAGGGCGUUGUGCCGAGCAACGGAGUUGAUGGCGUUGCCUCCAGGCAAAAAGCCGAGAUCCUCUCCAUUUUGAGGAUCAGGAGUUGGUUCUGCUCCUUGCGAGAAAUGCAAGAGACUCAACAGAAAGAGAAAUGAAACGAACAAGGAAAGUCGCAUCCUUUCUAGAAAACUGAAAUAAGUUUCCUCUCUUUUUGACGGCUCUGUUUGUCGUUGGCGAGAUGUAUGAUUGUGUACUCACACGCUAUUCGAAAUCACCUUUUCGAUUCUGAGUCAACACAUAAACGAUUUUGACUGUUUCAUAUUGUGUUUCUGAUGUCAUUUCGUAAAUAUGAUGAAACGAUCUCGAUGGUUCUAGAAUUUGUGAAGAAUUCCUAUAACUAAACAGUCGCGAAAUUUCCUCGAGUGUGAGCAGAUAAAUCUAAAAGAAGUUUUAUUGAAGGGAAUGUUUUCAAUAAUAUUUUUCAAAUAUUUAUUUUCAGGCAUCCAGGGGUUUGACAUGCGAAUAGACGAGCGAGGCAACGCCAAAGGAAAUUACACACUUUUAAGUUGGCAAGUAGUCGAGCCGGUAGGUUUUGAAUUGAAAAAGUGUUCGCCCUGGACUCAUCAGCGCAAAAGAAAUUCAGCCAGCCAAAUCAGCGCAAAAGAAAUUCAGCCGGUUGAUUGAAAUUUCGGUUCUUUUUUUCGAAUGAUUGAUGUUUUUAGUGGUGGUUUUCUGGGAAACUUGUUAUUAAAACAGGCUCUAAAUAUAAGAUUAUCAUCUUAGGACGAUACAAAACGCUGCUAUGAUAUGAAUUCGUUUUUUUUUUUUAAAGAGAAUGAACGAUUCCGACCUGAAGUAUUAUCCGAUGAGUCAUGCUCUCGAUAUCACGGCGACUUUCGUUGAGCCGGAGGAAGGCGCCCGACUUCCACUUUUGGAGUUUGCAUUUUCAUUCAAUUUUUGAUUUUAAGAAUUGCUUAGUGAAUAUUUCAAUGUUUAUGUUUAUCUUUUGAUUCUUUGCAGGUUUAAGAGAAAAAAGAUCCACUGGCCUCUGGGACCACCGCCGCUAGACGAGCCUCCCUGUGGUUUUCGCGGAGAGAAGUGCAUUGAAAAUUCCAGUUUGACUUUUUGUUUUUGCACUCGAGAUUCUGUAUUUAAGAUCACGUGACUUUGAUUUUUGCCCUUCUUUUUGUCUUUCUUGGAAUAGGUAGCGCAGCUGCUGCUGGCUUGUCGUACAGGUAGAGUCCCAUUGUAGAGAUAUAUGUUACUCGCUUUUUUCCCAGUGCACGAAGUCGCAAAUUCGAAAAGGAGCUCUCUAUGAUUUGGCGGAUCGACUCGCGCGAAGUGCAUCGCAUCGUUCGCGGCAACGGAUCGGCGACAUCCCUUCUCGCCCCAGGCAACGAAGUACGCAAAAGUUCCAGUUGGGACUCGCUCAACAGUUUCCGAGUGCAAAUAUCCAUUUUUCUUCUGCUUUUUUUUUAAGAAUCGCAGAACCGUGAACUUUGCUCAUAUUUGCUCUGACAAUGGGCAUUAGAAAGGUUUUGAACGCGUUUGAAGUCACUACAGUCAGGAUGAUUCUUAUGGCAAGCUGAUGUUAAUUUAGAACUAGUUUUUCGGAAAUAAAGGAAAAGUUCUCUGGCACGAUCACUAAGUCCUGGUAACAGUGGCGUGCCCACUAAGCCCUGGUAACAGUGGCGUGCCCAAAACAGACCAAAAUAAUAUCACUGUGUAGAUAUGUUCACUGGAGUUUUUUUUGUUUUUUUAAUAACCUUACGUUAAGUAGCAAAACUUCCGAAUAUGUUGAACUUCUGAAAUUACGAUUAACUCAACAGCCAAAUUCUCUUUGUUGAUUUAAUCCUUAGCUCCGGUUUUAGACUUCAAAAACCUUCUGCAGGUGCGCGACGAGUCUUGGUUCGGCUCGACAAAGAUCCGAGGUUCUGGACUGCGAGGCGUCGCUUAUUACAAAGGAACUUUGGUUGCUUUGAAAGGUUGUCCAUCCUGGUCUCCUUCGUCAAGUUUGUACUUCAGAAAUAACCUACGACAAAAAGCCUAAGGAGCUAACUCGAGCUCUGAAAAAAGAACUGCGGAUCAUGAGACAGCUUGCAAAUCCAAAUUUGAAUAAUUUCAUGGGUAAUUCUCUGAAAUCGAAUCCAGAACUUUUUUGCUCCAGGAAUAAUUUUGUGUCCAAUAUCGGUGUGUUCGGUGCGGGAAUUCUGCACAAAAGGCUCAUUGAUGGACAUUCUGCGCACCGAAGACCUGAAACUCGAUCACUUGUACAUCGCCUCUUUCAUCGAAGAUCUCGUCAAGGUUGCCGAGUUCUGAUCUUUCCCCGAGAACCCUCGUUUCAAGGGAAUGAUCUAUCUGCACGAUUCGGAGCUCCGAGUUCACGGCAACUUGAAAUCCACCAACUGUCUGAUCACCUCUCGCUGGGCUCUACAAGUGAUUCUUCUUCUGUUUUCAGCUUUGUUUCUUCUUUUGGAAUAUGUUUUGAACUUCUGCAACUUUCUCGUUGCAGAUUGCUGACUACGGUCUUUAUGAUAUCCGAGACGGAAUGCGCUUUGAAGAUUCCGACAGCAUGGUAAGUUAGUGCCCUGUGUUCGUUUCUCUGGAAUUUAACUCUUGAGCUGGAAAACUGAUUGAUGUGUCUUUUCAAGUCUGAUUUUUUUUUUCUAGUGGGAGAACUUACUUUGGACGGCUCCGGAGUUACUGCGCGUAUCUGGAGACACGAUUCAAAAGAAUCGGCCUACGCAGAAGGCGGACGUCUACUCUUUUGCGAUUAUUCUGCAGGAGAUCUUAACGCGAGAAGGGCCGUUCCGUAUUUGUGGCAAUGUCGAAAACCACAGCGAGCGUUAGUUCAUUUUUUGAACUGUUCUGCAGACUAACCAUUCGAGAAAGGAGUUUUUUGUCCUUUUUUCUCGUUGUGUCUCGUUUUUUUUUUUUGGUUUCGACUUGUUUAAGAAAAUUGGGGAAGAACUUGGUGCUUAAAAAUUUAUAAAAAACUAAAUCGAACACAGUUUUGUGAAGAAGCCUGCGUCUUACAUAAAUAAAAUUUCAUCGCUUUGAGUUUUUUUGCUGACCAGGGAACGUUUUUUACCCCCUGGUUGAACUUUUGCUGAAACUUUGCUGAAGUGUACUUUAGGACCCCCUGAUUGCAGAUCAAGAAAAAAAUUUCUCGCAAUAGAUCUUGUUUCCGAGUUAUGGAGCUUCAAAGUGUGCAAAAUACGCAAUUAGGCCAAAAAAGCGCUAUUUCGGGCUUUUGAAGUGUCCUAUCUCGAAAACGAGAUCUAUUGCGAGAAAUUUUCUUCCUGUUCUGGAAUCAGGGGGUCCUAAAGUACACUUCGGCAAAGUUUCAGCAAAAGUUCAACCGGGGGGUAAAAAACGUUCCCUAGUGAGUAAAAUACAAAGAGGUUGAUCAGCCUCUUGAGAAUCUGAACUCGGACCUUGCGGACGGGAAAGAAAAGAACUUCAGCUGAGCUUUUCUGAGUUUCCUCUUCAACACGUUUUUUCAGAGGUUGUUCGCCGCAUAGCGAUAGAUCCUGACUUCCGUCCGCUUCUGAACGGCAUCAUCGUUCAGAACUAUGUGCUAGACACGAUCCGACAAUGUUGGGCGACUUUGCCUGAGCACAGACCUGACUUCAAGCACGGCGUCCGCACUCGUCUGAAGCCUCUCUUCUCUCAGAUCUACAAAAGAAAUAUUAUGGUUCUUUGCAGUCUGCUCCUCUCAUCACGGCCUUUUUCUUCAGGACCACAUGAUUCUGAUGAUGGAGAGAUAUCAGACACAUCUCGAGGAUCUUGUCACGGAAAGGACUUCCGAACUCCGCGAGGAACAGGAGCGAAGUCAGAGGCUUCUGCAGCGGAUGUUGCCAAGGUUAUUUGAUUUUUCAAUUUCUAUGUUCUUUUAUUUUUGUUUCAUCACGUUUCGUAGGCCGACGCGUGAGCUGCUUUUAAAAUUCAAAAUUUUGUGUACAAACAUCAUUUUUCUCCUUUUCCUUGAAAGUUUAAAACGUAGUAAUCCAAAAAAAUUAGGAAAAAAAAAGAGAUUCCGGGUUAAACGCUUCUUUUUGAAAAUAAAAAGCUAGAAUUUUCACACUUUGAGCGCGCUUUUUUCUCCAAUUCCCAGGUCGCGAAGUUCACGACUUUUUCCUGCAUAAGAUGGCUUCAGAAGCGUCGCCAAUCAGCUUAUGUGCGGCGGUGACGUCACACCGGAAGCCUUCCCGCCGGUGACCAUCUACUUCUCGGACAUCGUCGGCUUCACUCGCAUCUCGGGAGAGUCGACCCCCAUGCAGGUAGCUCUGCGUCAUCUUUCUCCACCGGGAAUGUCGAUUCAAGGUCGUCGCCUUCCUCAACCAACUCUACACUCUGUUCGACAGCGUCAUCCGACUUUACACCGUCUAUAAGGUUCUAGACGUUGCAACUCGGAAAUUUCUGACGAAUUUCUGAUCAGGUGGAAACGAUUGGAGACGCUUACAUGGUGGUGUCCGGAGUCCCCAAAUACCAGACAGAAGAGUAUCAUGCUGAACAGAUUGGUGGGUAUCCCUGUUCUCAUGUUUGAAACUCUCGUAUCGUAGCUCAUGUUGUCCUGAUUUUAGUGGGAAAUUUGAAAGUUUGGCUCUUCACUGUUGUUUUCAAAGGUGAAUCGGGAGGUCGACGCCAGUAGAUACCGGGUAGCAACCGCGCAUAAGGUAGCUACUUAUUAGCUACUUCCAUGAUACCGGAAAGCAUAUGCUCGUCAGAGAUCAUACCCGGUACCAUCGCGAAACCUCUCUGGUAGUAUCCAGAUACCAUAGAGAUAGUACCCGGUCGCAUACAAACGACCACCGAUUUCCAUAAGCCGUUUGAUUUCAUGUUGCUACCCGUUACCUACUUGUAUCGACAUCCAAUUGACCAGUAUACAUCGAUCUUACUAGGGAAUGGUCUCCAUUCGCAGUGGGACUUCUGAAUGAGACUAAGCUCACUAGAUGUAGUUUUUCACGCUGAUUCCAAAUCUGAUCUCAAAAACUGCCCUCGAGGUCUGUGAAAAAAGUUAGGGGCUCUCAAAGUCGAAAAUUUCAAUUUCUCCGAUUGAGCUCAUUUUUGGAGGGUAUAUAGAUCUCGUCCUUCUGGUCACGAAAAACCAAUGAAGUUUCCACAAAAAAUUUUGGAGCCCAGAUAUGACCUUUCAAAGCCACGCCUAACACAAGAGCAUGCGAGCGCGGUGUCCUAUUGCGAUCCCGCGACCGUCGAAGCAACGGCAGCGAGGAGCAGUGGUAGGGCGGCGGACUGGGGAUCACGAGGUCAUAGGUUCUGUCCCCGUCCUCUGCAAAUUUUUUUUGCAAUCUUUUUCGUUUUUGAAACUUUUGUGUAAGUGCUCCUUUCUUGAGUUUUGAAGCGUAGAAUCAUGAAAAAACUUCGUUUUGAACCUAUUCGAACAGCUGGACUUCUUUUUGUCGAAAAUUUUUUUGCAAUCUUUCAUUGAACGGAAAUUUUCGAAUCUAGACCAAAGUCAUCACAGCUACGCAGAUAGAUAAUGCGAAAAAUUUUUUUAAUAAUUUUUCAGACUGCGGUGCUCACUUACUUCUUUACUAGAAAAAGUUCAAAUUUAUUCCAGGUUUUUUUGCUGAAACUUUCAAGGAGGCUCCCUUUGAUUCGUGAAUAAAAUUACUAGAAAAAAAAUUUCCGUUCAAUGAAAGAUUGCAAAAAAAUUUUGCAGAGGACGGGGACCGAACCUAUGACCUCGUGAUCCCCAGUCCGCCGCCCUACCACUGCUCCUCGCUGCCGUUGCUUCGACGGUCGCGGGAUCGCAACAGGACACCGCGCUCGCAUGCUCUUGUGUUAGGCGUGGCUUUGAAAGGUCAUAUCUGGGCUCCAAAAUUUUUUUGUGGAAACUUCAUUGGUUUUUCGUGACCAGAAGGACGAGAUCUAUAUACCCUCAAAAAAUGAGCUCAAUCGGAGAAAUUGAAAUUUUCGGACUUUUGAGAGUCCCCAUAACUUUUUUUCACAGGCCUCGAGGGCAGUUUUUGAGAUCAGAUUUGGAAUCAGCGUGAAAAACUACAUCUAGUGAGCCUAGUCUCAUUCAGAAGUCCCACUGCGAAUGGAGACCAUUCCCUAGUUAGGAAAAGUAUAUGAUUAGAUUUUUUUAAAAAGUUCCCAAGACUAUUUUUUUAGUAUUCAAUUCAGAGUGGGAUUCCCCGCUCAAUUUAAUUUUUUUUCACUCUUCAGAGGUUUGUAAAUAAUAAAAAAAUGAUAAUAAAAAAAUAGAUUAUGUUUGAUUAAAAACUUUUUUUCUGAAUGUUAAUUUCAUAAAAAAACUUUAAAAAUUUGACAAAAAAAGCAUUGUCCUUUCAUACUCAUGUCCAAAAAAAUUAAUUUUCCUUACUAAUUGAAUAAUGGUCAAGGGAAUAACUCGUAUUAAGACUCAUAUUAGACCUACUUUGAUAAUUAUGACUCUUAUACAAAGGAAUGAGGGUGUACAGAGCAAUGGGGAGAUUUUCGAUAAUUUGGUCUCAGGAACGAUGGCGCUGCACCUGCUCAAGGCAGUCAAGACCUUCGAGAUCCCCCACAGAAAAGAGGAACAGCUCAUGCUCAGAAUCGGCCUUCACACAGGUCCAUGCGUCGCCGGCGUCGUCGGAAAGACCAUGCCUCGGUAUUUUUCUUUCUCUCUGCCUCUCUCUUUGAGUCUCGUUUCUGAACAACCAAAAGUUUGUUUCAGAUACUGCCUGUUUGGUGACACGGUCAACACUGCUUCGAGAAUGGAGAGCAAUGGGGAACGUGAGUUCCAGUCACACCCAAUUUUAAGAAGACAUUCGAUUUCAGCACUCCGAAUACAUUGCUCUCAAACGACGCAGGAAGUUCUGAAGACUAUUCCCGGGUUUGAUCUAGAAGAACGUGGCAGCAUGGUCAUAAAGGUUUUUGAAGUUGAGACUGACUAGGGAAAGUUUUUCCCUCCGGUUGAACUUUUGAUGAAACUUCCCUGAAGGGAGACUCGCUCGGAAUUUUUUUUGGACUUGAUAAAUAAGCUUUUUUUUUAAAGCCCAGAAGUUUUCGGAAGUAAAAGCACUGACAUUCGCAACUGAAGACAACUUUAUCGAGUGGCUUUAGGGAAAGGGACACAUGAAGACGUACUGGCUGAACAAUCGAAUAGGCUACGAAUUCGUCGACGAUGGCGUCGGAUGUUUCGCCGACAUUGUGGAAGAUCCUCUCGGUUAUGACAUCUUCCCGCGAACAAGGCUCAAGAUCGAACGCGGCUCGAACUGGGGUUUCGGCUUUUUUCAAUCUUUCUCUUAUCCCCGUGUUUCUUGUGUUGAUAUGUUUUUUUACUCUGCAGAAACGAGAUUUUCGAAAAAGGUUAGGUUUAAUCUGCAAAUAUGUUCAGGGAUUUUAAAACUAAGAGAGACAAUUUUUUCACAAUUCAAAAAGGUCUGCGUUGCGGUUGAACAUUUUUAGUGAAGCUUUUCUGGCUAUCAACAAUUAUUGGAACAUUUGACGUCGCAAGAUUCUCAAUGGUGGAAUAUAUUUUCAUCCUUCAGCGUACUUUUAAUCAGGGAUAUUGGAAGUUGGGGAAAAAAAGAAGUAGAGAGUGUUUUAUGCAUGUUUUGUGUUGUUGUACCGCAUGUUUUGUGUUUUGACAGGUGUGUGGCCAUUUCGGGGCGUGUCUUUUGGCUGCUUCAAGACAACGAUGAGCCGGAUCGGCGGCCAUUUGGGACUCGGCGCGCCGGAGUCCGACGGCAAUUCUUCCAAGACCUCUACUACCCACACUUCGUUCGAUUCUUCUUGGCCAAACUCAAACAGCCACAACUACAGCGAAGCCCUACGAGCCCAUGUCGCGUCUCCUACUUUACCAAUGAACUAACAUUCCUUUUAGAAUUUAAUAGAUGAGCUCUCCGGAAUCUUCAUUUUUAACCAUUUUUGUGAAAGUUUAACGUAUGAUCUCUUUAGUAUUGGGCUAUGUUUGUGUUUGUGUGCGCUAAUUGUUUGCCUCGUUUGUACGCAAUGAAUGUGUUCGUCAUGGAGACUUCUGAAAUAUCAUGUAACAUGCAGGACUCGACUCGACUCUUUCGCUAAUUGGCAAGGAGACGUCCUUCUUCAAGAGACUAGCAGAUCGAAACCGCCACACUCGAACACCGCGUCAGGUAUUUUCUCUACUGUUAAAAAAUGUUCGAAUUUAGAAGGACACAUCUACGUUUUUCCCUAUGUGCGCUGGGCCUUUUUCUUCGAUCAAACCCCCGAGUCGAGAAAAACGGCGCGUGUUCGAGGAGGGAACAAGUUUUUCUGCCAUCAGCGGAGCUUUCAGCUUCGGAAGUCGGCUCAUUCUCAACUACGGACGCAACCGGUGGGUAUUCUCUUUUUUCUCAUGAACUGAAAAAAAACCUUGGAGGGGAGCUAGAUGAGAUUUUUGCAAAAAUAAGGAAAUUUUUUACGGAGCUUGGGCAAGCAUCAAGUUUGUUUGGUAAUUGAUGAGUUUCGAGGUUUUAUAGAAGUAUGACGACGCGUUGCACACCUUCGACGUCAACCAAGAACUGCUUCGCUCCUGUCACUACCUUCCACGGCUCACGCCUUCCUUCUUAUUUCGAAUACGGUGAAAAGGCGAUUCGCAAGCGGUCCUCAGCUCAUUAAAAACAAAUUUUACUGGUAUGUUUCAGCUCGACUUCUCUUCCUGAUGGCGAAGUUUUGAACGUCGAUUAUCGAACAAAGUCCACAGCCGACAAAUCGACGGCUCCUGACUCGUCUAUCACUUCGCGCAGAGAAAAACCUGCUGGAGGACGGUCAGGACGGCGGGACUUCUUUCCAAGAUUUGAGUUUCAGUAACUGUUCCUGUGGAUCGAAGUCUCCCACAAGCAGUCAGUAUCCGUCGUACCAGGACCUUAACAAGUUCUCGCACAGGUUCGGACUUGUCUUUUCCAAGAAUCUACAAUGUAUUGAACGUAUUCACGGAAAAUUUCGUUUCUUUCCUCACCAAGUUUUUUUUACUGUUUUUUAGCAGCGUUUGUGUAUAGAGUCCUUUUUUAUCCAUGAUUUAAAAGAGUCCUGACAAAAGAAAAUGGGUUUAACUGCAGACGCAAACAAGGAAUGGCAACGAUUUGGCCUCCGAGAAAGCGGUCCCUUUCCGUCGGCGACGCUCUGCCGCAAAUGUCCGUGGCGAUUCAGUCGGCGGCUUCGCAGAUGCCUCUCACGUCGCGGUAUCCUCCGACUUCCUCAAAUUCUCGACCGACUGAAAACUCGCUUUACGCCGUCCCGUCGGAGAAUCUGCAAAACUCUUCAAACACUUCCUACGCGUCGACGGCUUUCUUCUCGACUACCUUCGAAGACAAUUCGCUGGGCGACGACGACGCUGAAGCUCUGAUUGGAAAUCCGUUGAGAUACUUUGCGAAUGACGCUGCAUCUGGGAAUCAUGCGACAGAAUCAGGAUUCGCGCCGACGUCACGGCGGACGCCGAAGCAGCGAAGGUCGAUGCUCAACCUUCACAACUCAUUGCUGCGCGAUCCAUCACCACUGACGCAAAGAAUCCGCGACGCCUCACCCUUUUCUGGAAAACGUUUCUGGUUGAAUAGUAACAAUAGUAGGUGGGUGAGAAACUAAAGCACGAUUUUGCAAAGUGUAGUGUUCAGUGAAUUAUUAAACUAAAAUGCGCUAAACGCUUAGGUGAAGAUUCCGCACACAUAGAAACAAGAUGUAAGAUUUCUUUUGAAAGUUUUUUUGGUGGUUAUCUUGACAUUUCGUGGUAAGGCUUCAGAAUAACCGAAUGUUUCAAAAUAGUAGUGCACUGAUGCGAAAGUUCCAUAGUAAGAAGAAAGAAAACCACAUAAUAAUUGACCAAAGUGGUAUUUAAUCAUUCAUCGAAACACUUUGUUUCGCAUAUUAGAUCCCAAUCUCCUUUGGUUGUUAAACUUGAUAGAAACGGCUGUAGAGAACCUCGGUCCCGCGGUGAGUCGCUGACAAGGAUGUGGCGACGUCUUCGGAGCGGCAGAAGUACCUGUAACAACUACGAGGACUUGCGGGACGACAAUGAAGAAGACGUGGAGAUGGAAAACUUUGCUCGAAGUUCAGAGGCCAAGGUCGACUGCGGAUCCAGAGAAAGAGGCAUGUUCUAGUCGAAUUAAUAAGAUCAUAUGAAGAAAAGCUUUUUUUUCAAUGAACAUUUCUAGGAAUUUUCGAAAUAAUUAGUGCGAUAGAAAUGAUUACAUGCAACGUAUAAGAGAAUCUUUCUGCUUCUGUUUUUCUGCUCAUUCGGUCUCGUUGUAGGGCCUCCAGGAAGACCGAACAACAAAGAAGUGGCGACGUGUGCCGAAGCGCUGUUGUCGCCCCCACAGUCGCCGUCGCAAAGAACCAAAACACGAGCAGCGUCUUCUCUAGUGGUCUGA